ACCCAGGGAGUUAGCAUUCCUGACCAAGGAGGUGGCAUCGAUGAGAGCUUUCAAGUAUAUUCAUCAUUCUCCCCUGCAGCCCUCUCCAAAGACCCCUCCCCCUCCCUUCUUCCCCAACACUAAACCCCUUCAUUUACUGAAGAAAAACAGGCUCAUUAAUCCAGGCUCAGCCUGGCAUACCAAAAGAAGCAGGCAACAGUUUUAUGGUGAGAACCCUGGAUUUGUAGGUCUGUCACAGUGCCUGGAAGAAUCCUGUUCUGUCAUCUCUAGACCAUGAAGAAGAUGGAGAGACACAUAGUCAGGGGACCACUGCAUAAGCACUUCGAUUUGGAAAGGAAGAAUGCCAAGCAGGCUGAAGCUAGACUCAGCCAAAGACUGCAGAGAUUAGACGAUAUCUGCCUGUACUAUGUGAAAUCGCUGACCAGAGAGCAGAGACAGCUCCAGAAAGAACUGCAGAGGUUGCAGCAAGCAGAGAUCAUCAAGAAAAAGUUCUCCUCUUACUUUGGGAAUGGAAGUCAGAAGAGACCAGAAGAUGUUCUUAUGUUCUCAUCACAGGGAGGGCAGAAGAACCGAGUUCCACAGGCUAAUAAAGUUAGAGCACUGACAACCAAUCCAAUCCAAGAAAUAUACAAAACCAAGCCCAGGAUGCCUUUUUUCCAUCACGCUGGUCCCAUGGGCUCCAUGAAAAGGAAAAGGCAGCCUUUAUCUCAGAAUAACAGAAUGUCCCACUUCCUAGAAGACAAGCCACAAGCUCAAGUGAAAGACUCUGUAAAUCCACUACAGGGCAAAGACUCCAACAACAGCAUCUCUCUUCUAUGUCGAGAUCAAUCUGUCUCCACCCACACCCUCGACCAAGGCCCCAGUUCCAGUCCAGCAGGUGAUAGUGGAAAGGCACACGGUGAUGAAACCACAUCAAAUGAUGCCAACAUACAGCCAGACCACAACACUGAGAAGCAGAUCCCCCCAAACCCCAUGGAAUGUGCAGAAAACUUAAAAGGCCAGCCCACAACGUCAACCUACUCAGAGUUGUUUGCAAAGGCCAGAAAUGCUCACUACCUCCGGCACAGGGUCCCCCCUGAGUCUGAGAGGUUGCUUAGCAUUGGGGAGAUCUUUGGGCACAAGGAAUCCUCCCUCUAGAGCAGAAAAUGGAUGUGAGAACAGGGUGACCAUCUAGGUUACUCCCUCUCUAACCGCCUAAUGUAACAUCGCAAUAUCAUAUGUCAUAACCACUAAAUAAUAAAAGGGCUUCUCAAGCAACUAAGUAAGCAAAUAUGUAUACUUUUUAUCAUAAAUCCUAGGGGUUCUUUUUCCUUUUACAGGCGUAUGAUCUUUCACUGAAUGAGUAAUGCUAGUAUGAGAAAUGAAGAGAGAGAAUCUUCCAAAACCAUUUUAAGCAAUGUAUACAUGUUGCUAAUGGUAUCAAAAGUAUGAAUCUACAUUGAUGCUUAGACUUCCCCUGAAAGGGAAAUUAUUAAGGGUCCUGCUUACCUUUGCCACCCUUUUCAUAUAGGAAAUUCUUAUGGUGCCACCUGCUGGCAAAAUGGCAUAGCUCUUCUGUUUUUUUCAUUUAAUUUUAUUAUUUUAUUUUCUU